AUGCCGCAACAAUCCCAGUCACUCGUUCAUCACCACUCUCAUUCAAGGGAAGAAGUCUUGCGCGCAUCUGAUGCCAACCGUACCCAAGCUGCCCAUGCCGAUGCAGCGCCGAGCACGGCUGCGAGUAUAAAACCAUCACCACAUCGCCGUUCUCGCACCCCCACGGUUCCCUCUUUUCUGGCAGGCACGAUGCCCCGGACAUUUCUUCUCCUUCUAGUCGCUCUUUCAGCUGCACUUGUUACCGCAGCAAAACCACCCGUUAAUAUCUCGUUCCCGGAACAGCCGACCCGCGAGCAAACCAAUGUCGUGGACGACAACUUCAUCGGCAUCUCCUUCGAACUGAGCUCAUUCGACACGCUCUGGGGUCAUCGCGGGGAUUCGAUCCCAACAGCGAUGCAGAAUUACCUGGGCAAUAUCCGCGCGCGCAUGACGAGCCCACUCCGAAUCCGCGUAGGCGGCAACGGGAUGGACGCCUCGAUCUACAAGCCCGACCUUAAAGACAAAAUGCUGGAACUCACUGAUCCCGAGGCGUACUUCAACGACAUCCCGACGGACUUUGGGCCGGUGCUGUUCGAGGUGAUGAACGGGAUGUACGAAAAGGUGGGGCCGAUGCAGUUCAUCGUAGGGGUGAGCAUGCGAGACCCCGAUAAUUUCUCGAAUGGCGUUGCAUUGGCAAAGGACGCCGAGGAGAUUCUGGGGAGCCGAUUAGACGCUUUACUUCUCGGAAACGAACCCGAUUUGUACGCCGGUCACGGGAAACGAGACAACUAUACUUUAGAUAUGUAUAUUCCCGAGAUCGGGGAAAUGAUCAGUUUAAUGGAAUCAGACGGGCUCCUCAAGGAAAAACACAUCGGUGGCCCAACAAUUUGCUGUGGUUGGGGCCUGGAAGAUGUCAUGGACGCUGGUUACACUCAAUACCCUUUUAAAUAUUAUACCUUACAGCAAUAUCCUAAUCACGCUUGCUCCGGCUUCAAUGAGAAGAACACGAACAUCUCCUACUAUCUGACGCACAACAACGUCGCUGAAUACGUCCAUUGGGACAAGGUCGGCGUCGAUCGCGCUAAAGCACUCGGGAUACCGGUCUUGCUGUCCGAAUACAACACCGUCGCAUGUGGCGGGUCGAAUAUCUCUUCCACAUUCGCCGCCACGCUUUGGGCCAUCGACGCUGGGCUGAAGGCGGGAGCCUCCAAUUACAGUGCCAUUUUCCUGCACACCCGCGAACACGACAUCCGAUACAACCUGUUCGACCCACCUACGCCCGAAACGCCGAUGGACAUCAACUGGCGCACAGGGUCGCCGUACUACUCCGCGCUCUUCCUCUCAGAAGUAACGUCCGUCUACGGCUCGGUCAUCGUCGACCUUGGGCUCGACGGCUCCAACACGAAUCCCAACUCCACCGUCGCGACGUACGGCAUCUACGACGACGGCGGCACGUCACGCGGCAAGCUCGCGCUCAUCAACUACGAGAACACAGCGUCGCGCAACUUCACCAUCCCCGCGGACACGAGCGGGGACUUCGUGGAGUAUCGCGUACUGACGGCGCCAGAUGUGAGGGAGGAGUACGAGAUUACGUGGGCGGGGCAGACGGUCAGGGAGAAUGGGAUUCUGGACGGAGAGCAAGAGACGAUCAGGGUAGAUUGUGGGGGAGGGUGCACGAUUGAGGUACCGGGACCUGGGGCGGCGUUGGUGGUCCUGUGGCCAGAUCAGUCCGACCAGUUCUUCCGCGGAAACUCUACCGUCGCGCCGCUGAAUGCAUCAUCAUCUGCGACCUCGACGUUGUCAUCGCCGCUAGCUACAUUGGUGACAGUCUCUUUCGCUGCUAUCUUACUUUUGUUGUGGUAG